AUGGCGCCAACUCUUCUUUGGAUUGGACUGGGCAACAUGGGGAGGGGCAUGGCCAAGAAUAUCGUAGAGAAGGGGGAAUUCAGCUCUCCUUUGUUGCUGUACAAUAGAUCGACCAAAAAGGCUCUGGAGCUAGUGGCAACGCUACCUGCUGGAAAGGCUGAAGUUGUCGAGUCACUUGAGCUAGGUAUUCCGAAGGCGGAUGUUGUUUUCACCUGUGUUGCCAAUGAUGAUGCGGUGCAGGAUCUUUUCAAAGUCAUGUUCCAAAGUUAUGUUACGGGUAAGUUGUUCAUCGACUGCUCUACAGUCCACCCAGACACAACGGAGCUGAUCGCACAACGAGCUUCGGAAGCUGGCGCGGACUUCGUGGCCGCACCAAUAUUUGGGACGCCAGCCAUGGCAGAUGCUGGCCAGCUUAUUGGGGUGCUUGCAGGUCCGAGAUCCUCUGCCGAGAAAGCAAGCCCUUGGUUCAAGGGGGUCAUGGCUGGCUCUGUCAUUGAUCUCCUCGAUGAACCGUGCAGAAAAGCGACAAUGCUCAAGGUAUUAGGGAAUACGUUUGUGUUCAAUAUGGUCGAGCAGCUUGCCGAGGCACAUGUUGUUGCAGAAAAAUCUGGUCUUGGAACCGAUGUAUUGCACCAGUUUGUGUCAUAUUUGUUUCCUGGCGCUUACACAGCCUGCUCUACCAGCAUGCUAUCUGGAGAGUACCACAAACGCGCAGAGCCCUUCUUCGCCAUCGACCUGGCUCGUAAAGAUGCGACACAUGCGAGAAGCAUGGCGCGAUCUGCAGGUACAGAGCUAAUGACCUUGGAAAUUGCAGAUACACAUUUCGCCAAGGUCAAAGAGCAUUGCGGCAAAAGCGGCGACAUGACUGGUGUGUACGGAGCCGUAAGAGGCGAGGCAGGGUUGAAAUUUGAAAACGAAGCGUAG